AUGGUGACCCCUCUUCCACGUCCUAACCAAUACAAUGCGUCGUCCCAGUUCAUCCCACAUACUGCAUACAACCGCUGUCUCGAUCUCGAAGAUCAGCAUAAGCAAGUGUCACAGCAUGUACGACUUGAUGUCUUGGUGUGCGCGCGCUUUCUAGGCUACAUGAUUCUGGAGGCACCAACAGACGAAGGGAGGAUGGACGUGGCUUCAGAGAUCGUUCGUUGUGCCAAAACCGGAGACAUAGGGCUUCAAGACCUCGCAGAAUCCUACAAAAAUCACUUUUUCCGUGUCUUUUACAGUUCUGGGUGUCGUACUCCCGCCCCGACUCACCCAUCUUUUUAUAAUAAAGAGGAGUACGUAUACUCUCUAUCAGCUACCGCCGCAAGUCAUGCCAAAUCGAAGCAACUGGCUCUAGAACGUGACGAUUUUUCCUGCGUGCUCACCGGAAAAACAGACACGCCCUCCAUUGAAAAUGAUCUAGUCAAAAUCCCCCAAUCCGUCGUCCCUACGGUCACGAGGGCCUCACAUAUACUCAACUGGUCUGCAUCUGAGGGCCUCACUGAUGAUAACAGGAACUAUGCUGCGGCCGCCGAUGCUGUGUUGAACCGGUUUGGCGGAAUCGAUGUUAUCAAGGAGUUCGACGGCUCUAAUCUACACCGACUUGAGAACAUCCUCAGCCUUUCAAGCGAUGCCUGUACAUGGUUUUCUGACUCACGUAUCUGGUUGGAGAGAGACUCACAGGGCCUGCCCAACACCUACAGACCAUCCUCAACCAAACCAUCCGUUUAUCUAGCAGAGAUCCCCAACAUCAUCUCGUUCUCCACUCCUGAUCCCGAAAGGCUGCCGCUACCUGAUCCGCGCUAUCUGGCCGUACAUGUUGCCUGUGCAAGAGUCGCACAUAUGUCGGGUGCUGCUGAAUACAUUCACAAGGUCCUCCGUGACAUGGAAGAAACAGAUGUCUUGCGCAACGACGGGCCUUCGGAUGCGUUGUACCAUGCCCUUGUGCGCCUCCUAUGA